AUGUCCACAGGCGCUGAACUACAUGCCCUUCUCGGAGCUGCAGAGCGUAUCAAAUUUUACGUCAUUGCUCUGCAGGAGACCAAGUGCAGAAGGAGCGACGUGCAACGGCUGGAUGACGGUACACUCGUCUUUGGCGAGUACAAGUUUAAGCUAGAUCUAGAAGCUGCCGAGACAGCUCGCAAUGCCAUAUUGGGUUUGGCUCAGGAGCCAUUAACGAACAUACGAUACAAUGGUGGUUCAGUAAAUUCCGCAGCGGUAAAGAGAGCCCUGAAGAUGACAAGCUCAGCGGUCGGCCAUCCGAUGUUGACAACAACCAACUUCGAGCCUUAG